AGUGGGAAAGGAAGGUGGAGUUUGGUGGGAUCAGUUGGUGAUGAAUAGAUGUCGGAACCGGGAACAUCCAAUUGAAACAUGGGAAGAGAUGAAGGCAGUGAUGAGGAAGCGAUUUGUGACCAGCCAUUAUUACCGGGAAUUGUACAAAAUGUUGCAAGGGCUUAGGCAAGGACAUCAGAGUGUGGAGGAGUAUUAUCAAGAGAUGGAGAAAGCCAUGAUUAGAGCCAAUGUAGAAGAAGACCGGGCAGCAACCAUGGCGAGAUUCUUGCAAGGAUUAAAUCUAGACAUCCAUGACCAAGUGGAGAUGCAACAUUAUGUGGAGCUAGAAGACAUGGUGCACAUGGCCAUCAUCAUAGAGCAACAGCUCAAGAAGAGGGGAAGUACACGUGCUGGCUAUAACCCAGGGUCUAAUCAUUGGAAACCAAGUUCUUGCAGAAAGGAGGACAAGACACAAACGUCCUCAACUCUCAAGCACCAAUCUGAGCAUAAGACUGAGAAAACCAGCUGCAAAUCUCAAGGUAAAACUGACACUUCUACUACUCGAAAUCGUGAUAUGAAAUGCUUUAGAUGUCAAGGUAGGGGUCACACAGCGAGUCAAUGUCUAAACAAGCGGGUUAUGGUGAUGCAAGACAAUGGUGAAAUUGUGAUUGAAGAUGAAGAUUCUGACACCGAUGAAAUGCCACCAUUGGAGGAUGCCUAUGAGGAGGAGUUUGCUAUACAUGGAGAUUUGUUGGUGGCGAGGAAGGCUUUAAGUGUGCAAGCAAAGGACAUGGAUGAAGUGCAACGAGAGAACAUCUUUCACACUAGGUGCUAUGUCAAAGAUAAGGUAUGCAGUGUGAUUAUUGAUGGUGGUAGUUGUACUAACGUUGCUAGCACAACCAUGGUGAAAAAAUUAAGAUUGCCUAUGCUGAGACACCCUAGUCCGUACAAGUUGCAAUGGUUGAAUGAUAGCAGUGAGGAUUACGAAGAUGUAUUUCCUGAAGAAACACCACCUGGAUUACCUCCAAUACGAGGGAUUGAACAUCAAAUUGAUUUUGUACCUGGUGCGACAAUUCCAAACCAACCAGCCUAUAGGACCAACCCUGAUGGGAAUCAAGAUGACCCCAUAUGUAUCACGUCAAGAGAUCCACUACAUAUUCCAAGAGGUCCAGUCACGAGAGCUAGAGCUAAGAAGAUGCGAGAAGCUUUAAAUGGCCUUAUUGAGCAGAUCUGGGUUGAUAACAACAUGCACAAUUUGCGUCAAUCUCGCAAUUCUGUCGCAAUUUGUAACAAACUGAUAUUUCAUGUUACUGCUUGUAACCCUAAUGGGGAGGAGGGUAUUGAAUCUGAGAUUUUUGAGAGACUUUUCUCUUUGGGUGUGGCGUCAACCAACUCUGGUUCUUGUUGCGUCAUAGACAACGGGUCAAGGUUUUUACCUUUGAAAUCCCUUGUCGUGCUGUGGGUCUCAUUGUUCUCUUUGGGGUUCUCAUCAAACCCUAAGGAGACAAAGGAGCUUCAGAGGCAGGUAAGUGAAUUAAUUGAGAAGGGAUACGUGAGGGAAAGCAUGAGCCCAUGUGUUGUUUCUGUUCUACUUGUGCCUAAGAAGGAUGGGACUUGGAGGAUGUGCGUUGAUUGUCGAGCCAUCAACAGCAUUACGGUAAAGUAUCGACAUCCUAUUCCUCACUUAGAUGACAUGUUAGAUGAGUUGCAUGGUGCUUGUGUAUUUUCAAAAAUUGAUUUGAAAAGUGGGUAUCAUCAAAUUGGCAUUAAAGAGGGAGAUGAAUGGAAAACAGCCUUUAAGACAAAACAUGGAUUGUAUGAGUGGUUAGUCAUGCCCUUUGGUUUAACUAAUGCACCAAGCACAUUUAUGAGAUUGAUGAAUCGUAUUUUUCAUGCAUCCAUAGGCAGAAAAAGUCCGAGCAAUUCAAGAAUGGCUAAGUCCCACAAGUCUGAAGUACAGAGCUUUCAUGGACUUGUCAGUUUCUACCGAUGGUUUGUGAAGGACUUUAGCACUUUGGCAGCACCACUCACCGAAGUAAUCAAGAAGAACGUUGGAUUCAAGUGGGGCGAAGAGCAAGAAAAGGCAUUUCAGCUAAUCAAGCAAAAAUUGACUAACGCUUCAUUAUUGUCUUUACCUAAUUUUGAUAAAACGUUUGAGAUUGAAUGUGAUGCUUCAGGUGUAGGUAUUGGUGCAGUACUUAUGCAAGAGGGUCGACCAAUUGCAUAUUUUAGUGAAAAGCUAAGUGGGGCAGCUCUAAACUACCCAACUUAUGACAAGGAGUUAUAUGCAUUGGUUCGGGCAUUAAAAACAUGGCAGCAUUAUCUUUGGCCCAAGGAGUUUGUAAUGCACACUAAUCACGAAUCAUUGAAGCACUUGAAAGGUAAGGAGAAUGUGGUUGUUGAUGCACUUCUAGCAGUUAGGGAAUCCCACAGCGAAGGGUUAAUGGGACAUUUUGGGGUUGCUAAGACCUUAGCUAUUUUGCAGGAACACUUCUUUUGGCCACACAUGAAAAGAGAUGUUGAGAGGCGUUCCAAAUUGCUUCCAAGAGGAGAUGGUCCUUUCCAAGUCUUAGAGCGCAUCAACGAUAAUGCUUACAAACUAGAUUUACCAGGUGAGUACAAUGUUAGUACCACUUUCAAUGUUACUGAUUUGAGUCCUUUUGAUGCAUUGGAUGAUUUGAGGACAAAUCCUUUUCAAGGGAAGGGGAAUGAUGUAAAUCCAGGUUUGACUUUAAAGGAUUCAAUUCAAGUUCCUGUUAGAUUGGUUACGAGGGCUCGAGCUAAAAAGUUCAAGGAAGCACUUAACAGGUUGAUUUGAGAAAUAUGGACUCAAGCAAAUUCAUGGAGGCCCAUUGAAGGAAGUCCAUGUGAGCCUCAGAAUUACAUCAGCCUAAUUCAAGUUCUAGAAGACUCUUUCAAAGCCAAACCUAUUUGCAAGUAAUGGUCAUGAACUUUGGGCAUGAACUCAGCAAUCAUUCUGGCUCAAAUUUAUUACUUUCCUUUUUGGGUUUUGGCUUGCAUGCCAAGUUUUUUCUUCUUGGGUUGAAUUACACAGUUUGCGUCAAAUCUGCCGCAAUUGGCCGCAAACUAAUAUUUCACAAUGUUCUUUGGUUAGUUUAGCUUAUUUUUAUGUUUGUUGUGUUAUUUGGGCUAAACAUUCAUUUAGUUGAAGCCCUAAUUUAUGGUUAUUAGGGUUAGGACCUGGUUUGUUAGUUUCCUAUUCUGGUUAGGAUUAGUUUUAGCUAUUUAUAGGGCUGCAACUCUAAUUGUAAAACAGAUCAUUAUUCAUCAACAUUGUGAGAACGAAUUCUCUCUGGUUCUUUGAACAACUUUUCGAACUUAUCGGAAUUAUCUGUGGUGUUCAUCCUCGACUUAUCAAUCAACCCUUCCAUAGUUU